UCCUCGUCGCCCAUAGACUUCGCCUAUAAAAAUCAUACGGAACUAAUCGAGAGCCAUCAUCUCUCUAUCCGUCCAGCACAGGUUGUGGUUUUUCGGCGAUCUUUAUCGUGUUCCUAAUUCAAUCCCAAAAUGGGCAGAAAGUUCUUCGUCGGUGGCAACUGGAAAUGCAAUGGAACAACCGAGGAGGUGAAAAAGAUUGUUACCACUCUGAAUGAAGCUGAAGUACCUUCUGAAGAUGUUGUUGAGGUUGUUGUGAGCCCUCCAUUUGUGUUUAUUCCUGUGGUAAAAAGCUUAUUGCGCCCUGAUUUCCAAAUUGCUGCACAGAACUGUUGGUUUCGAAAGGGGGGGGCUUUUACUGGUGAGAUUAGUGCUGAAAUGCUUGUCAAUUUGGGUGUUCCUUGGGUUAUUCUUGGUCACUCUGAGAGAAGACAAUUAUUAAGUGAAUCAAGUGAGUUUGUUGGAGAAAAAGUUACAUAUGCACUUUCUCUAGGCUUGAAAGUGAUUGCCUGUGUUGGGGAGACCCUUGAGGAGCGAGAAUCAGGGUGCACAAUGGAAGUGGUUGCUGUGCAAACAAAAGCUAUUGCUGAGCGAAUAUCGGACUGGUCUAAUGUUGUUAUAGCUUAUGAACCAGUUUGGGCUAUUGGUACCGGAAAGGUUGCUACCCCUGCUCAGGCUCAGGAAGUGCACGCUGGAUUGAGAAAAUGGCUCCAUGACAAGGUUAGCGCUGAAGUUGCUGCAUCAACCCGUAUUAUCUAUGGAGGUUCUGUGAACGGAGCAAACUGCAAGGAACUGGCGGGACAACCAGAUGUGGAUGGAUUUUUGGUUGGCGGGGCGUCCCUAAAGCCUGAAUUCAUUGACAUCAUCAAGUCUGCCACCGUGAAGAAGAACUAAAUAGCUGGGGGACCAGGUAAUGGUACAGCAAUCUUUGCAGCUUCGUCCUAGAGAGUUUCUUUCGCCUGGAAUAAACAAGUAGCCAUCGUGGUUUUAUGUAAGAUGAACCCUAAAUAUUAUCCAUGUACUUGUGAGGAUCUCUUUUUGUUCUGUUUUUUUGUUGAACAUGAUGGUUUCUAUGUACAUCAUGAACGAGUUCAACGUUUAGUUGCUGUUUUGUUACCAUUUAUAGUUUUGUUUUGGCUGCUGGAAGCGACCACUUUUGUAUUA